CCUAGCAGGCACUAAAAACCCCACCUGAAAAGAAAAAGGAAAAACCCUAGCGUAGGGUUUUUCAGAACGUUGCGUUUGAAUUGAGCUUCUAACCGUUGUUUCUCAGCCUCUCUGCAACCUCCGGAAACACCCAGAAAGAGAAAGACAGUACUUUUGGAUAUGUCUGCAAUAAAGAGCGAGUCCAUGGACUCUCUCAUGGCUUCACUGUCAACGGGCUUUGGGAAAUUGCCUCCGGCGGCUAUUCCAGCAAUGUUGGAUUGCAUAUUGGCUUCCACUGGCUUAUCUCCACCGUCCCUCUUCGCCUCCCUUCUCGAUGCUUUCCCUACUCUCAUUAAGGAUAUUAUCAAGGAGGAUCAGAAGUUGGGGUCUGACGGGUGUAACUAUCUUACAUCGUUGGUGGUUGCACUUUGUCACCUUCUAAAGAAAUUUGGGGCCAAUAAUAUUGCUUUGCAAUCAUUUAUGUCGAGAAGCUUUAUUCCUUUGUUGAAGAUAGUCCAUGCCUCUGACCGUGAAGUGCUUAACCAGAUUGCCGAAUCGUUCAUUGAUGUUGUGAUUGGGACUGAUUCCUGGGCUGUUGUGGAGGAAACCUUGGUGCAGUUUUUUCUGAGAUAUGUUGAUCUUUCUACGGGUAUGCUUCAAAGCAAAGGAUCGGAUGUCUUUGAGUCCUCGGUUUUCCAGGGUUUAAAUGACCUGACAAAUGAUGUGGGAGUGGUAAAAGAACACAUGAUGUCUCCAUCUGGACCCUUUCCAUUACCAAUAUCAUGUCAUAUUGUAACCUUAAUGCUGGAUGCUGCCCUUCGAAGCCUGCAAGCAGCCCCAAUCUCAGAGUUUCUGGUGGCACAUGGGUCUUAUGCAGAAAAGUUUGCUGCCAAUUUGAUUUGGGAUCUUUGUAAUGUGACUGAAGGACUGCUUGUACAAAGUGUGGAACAUCGGUCCUGUGCGAUUGGCUUUUUUCUCCCAAUUAUUUUCAAAGCAUUUGUUUCCUACCAGUAUGUUGAAAUCUCAAUUCAUGGGCAGACAUGUAAACUUUCCAGGAAGUGUUUCCUAAAGAAAAUUUGGAAGUGCUGCAGAAAACUCUUUUCACUUGGACCUUUAGAGAGAAGAGAUGCCUAUAAUACACUCUCUCUGUAUUUGUCUUUUUUCCCCUGUACAGAAGAAUAUGAAGAUGUUGACACAAGUGGAAGUGUGGAAGCAUUCGACAUAAGAGCUGAAAAAGAAUUUUGGGAUGAAAUUAGAAGAGGAUUGGUUGAUAAGGAGGGCUUAGUGAGGAAGCAGUCGUUACAAAUAUUGAAGAAUGUACUACACUUAAAUGGAGGGAGCCAACCCUCUUCUGGUGAUUCAGAGCUGAAAUUGCAUGAAAGAGGACAAAUCCCUCAUGGUAUGACUAAGAGGGAAUUGUGGGCUGAUAAGGAAGCGAAGUCAAUGGGUGUAGGGAAAAUCUGCAACACAGCCGAUCUAUAUUCAAACAGCCAGCAGCAGUGGGAGGCAUUUAUACUUCUAUAUGAGAUGCUCGAAGAGUAUGGUACUCACUUGGUUGAAGCAGCGUGGAAUCACCAGGUAUCAUUGUUGCUUCAAUUCUCUAUGUCACAUGUUAAUCUGGCAAGCUCUGUCAAUGGAGUUCAUCAAAGCCAGAUCGAAGCUUCGGGUGAGGUCUUUAAUUGGCUAUCAAUUCUUUGGGAACGGGGCUUUUGUCACGAUAAUCCUCUUGUUAGAUGCUUGAUUAUGCAGUCAUUUCUGGGAAUUGAGUGGAAACACUAUGGAAACUGUGCAAAAUCCGUGCCUGAAACUUUUGUUCUUGGUCCAUUCAUGCAAGGGUUGAAUGAUCCGGUGCACCACAAAGAUUUUGGUGUAAAAGGAGUCUACUCAUCCAGGAUAAUUGAAGGUGCAGCCUGGUUUUUACACCAAUAUACAAGUUGCCUGAAUAAGAGGAAACAGAUUGCAUUUUUGUGCAAUUUAGCAUCGGUUGCUAAAUGGCAAUCUUUCUGCAGAGCUGGAUUGGUGGGUCUUUCUGAAUGCAUUGCCUCAGCUGCUAGUGGAAGUAACGGUGAAGCAAAGUGGCAUGAGGAUGCUUUUCUUGACAUGGUUGAAGUGGAAAUUUCUUCUGAAAGUUUUCCUCAUCAUGAUAAAACAGUUUUACUGGAUGUUUUGAGAUUUGUUAUUGAGAGCAGCAAACAACAUUUCAAUCCUAAUUAUCGUUUUCGAGUUUGUGACAAAAUCCUUGAGGCUGCUGCUUCAACGGUGUGUACAUUUGAAGUGCCACUGGAGAUACUUUUGCACUUCAUUUCAGCACUGCCAAGAGAAUUUACGGAUCAUGGUGGUUCAUUAAGAGUAAAAGUACAAGAAUGGCUUUCAGGGUGUGGUAAGAAGCAUUGUAGUGCAAAUUGCUGCAAUACUGAGGUGAAGCUUUUGAAGAGUCUUCAUGACUUCCCCAAAACGUUUACAAGUUGUACUUAUCUUAUUGAUGCUUCUCUUACUUACAAUGAUGAAGACUUGGAUGCAUGGAAAUGUGAAGCAAAAAGAUGGGCAAGAGUGCUUUUCCUUGCAGUCAAGAAGGAUCAUCAAUUAACACCUUUAUUUACGUUUAUUCAAAAUCAUGGUGCUAAUAUUUGCAAACAAAACAAUGAUAUGGAGUGGAUACCUGUGAAGUUUCUUAUCAUCACCUUGAGCUUGGUUAUGGAGCUUCAAAUAAUGCAAGAAAGAGCUGCUGAAUGUGGUAACAAAGUUCAAAGCAGAUCAGAAUCUAGCGUGCUUGAGACAGUGGUUCGAUUCAAUUAUGGAGAAGCAGCCAUUUCAUUUGAGAAGUUUCCCAAGAUUUUUCUUCUUAUAUUGGAGGAACUGAUCUCAUUUGCAAAUAUGUCUUGUUCCAUAUUUUCAUUCAGCACUGGGACGGAGGACAAGGCUCUGCCUAGUUCUGUAAGAGGAAAACUUGGAGGCCCUAGUCAACGCCGGUUGUCAUCUUCCACCACCGCUGCCGUACUGCAAGCAGAAACAGCCAUGAAGUCUGUUGCAGCCAUCUUAUCAUGGUGUGCACAGUUUAAAAGUGAUGUUUCAGUAGAUUUUACUUUCAGCUUUUUGUGGAAGUUCUUCUUGAAGACUAUUACACCUCCAUCUUGUGAUUCAGAGGCUGGGGCAGAAAUCUGUCUUGCAGCAUAUGAAGCAUUAGCUCCUGUUCUCAGAGCAUUAGUGUCUGUCUUUUCUCUUCAAGUUUUGGAUACUAUCAGGGAAAAUGAUAAAGUCCUGCUGCCUAAAGUAGAAGGCGCGCCUCUAUUAGAUUCCUUGGCUCUUUCGUUUCUUCAAAACAUCAAUAAUCUCCUUAAUGUUGGAGUUUUGGCAAGGGGACGCCGUGCAGUUCUAAUGAAUGCAAAGUGGCUGUGCCUAGAAUCUCUUUUGUCAAUUCCAAGCUAUGCUCAUGUGAGUGGGCUUCAUUUAGAGGACACUAAUGGUUUUUUCUCAGAUGCGAUUCUCAGAUUGAUUUUUACAGACCUUGUUGAGAGCCUCGAGAAUGCUGGGGAAGUCUCUGUUUUAUCCAUGCUGAGAUCAGUCAGAUUGGCUUUGGGGCUAUUUGCUAAUGGAACAUUUCAUUCUGUUUCCUCAUGCAAUGGUUUGGAUGUCCAGAUGAUGUGGCAUUUGGUUCGUUCCUCUUGGAUAUUGCAUAUCAGCUGCAACAAGCGGAGGGUUGCACCUAUUGCUGCACUUCUGUCUUCUGUUUUGCAUUGCUCAGUCUUUGGUGAUGAGAAAAUGCAUGUAGCUAACAGUGAACCUGGGCCUCUCAAGUGGUUCAUUGAAAACGUUAUUGAGGAAGGCAAAAAAAGUCCUCGCACAAUCCGUCUUGCAGCAUUACACUUGACAGGGCUCUGGCUCUCAAAUCCCAGGACUAUUAAGUACUACAUGAAAGAGCUCAAACUGCUAUCUCUCUAUGGUUCUGUUGCUUUUGAUGAGGAUUUUGAAGGUGAAUUGGCAGACAAUUUUGAUGCAAGGUCUGAAGUGUCAUUAUUGGCAAAAAGCACUAGCCCUGAGUUGACUGAAGCAUUUAUCAACACGGAGUUGUAUGGACGUGUUUCGGUUGCUGUUCUGUUUUACAAGCUAGCUGACUUGGCUGAUAUGGUGGGAUCGAAGAAUGAAACUGAAGAUUGCCAUGCUGCUUUGGAGUCAGGAAAAUUAUUUUUGCAGGAGCUUCUUGAUUCUGCGGUAAAUGACAAGGACCUUGCGAAGGAUUUGUAUAAAAAGUACAGUGCGAUCCACAGGCGCAAAAUACGUGCUUGGCAGAUGAUAUGCGUCUUAUCACGAUUUGCUCGUCAAGACAUAGUUGGGCAUGUUACACGAAGCUUGCAUAUAUCCCUCAGUAGAAACAACUUACCUGCUGUCCGCCAAUACCUGGAGACAUUUGCAAUAAAUAUUUACUUGAAGUUUCCAUCGUUGGUGGGGGAGCAAUUAGUUCCUAUAUUACGAGAUUAUGACAUGAGGCCUCAGGCGCUCUCUUCUUAUGUAUUUAUAGCAGCUAAUGUCAUCCUCCACGCAUCUGAAGCCAGGCAUUUGAAUGAGUUACUUCCUCCUAUAGUUCCAUUUUUAACGUCACAUCAUCACAGCUUACGUGGUUUCACCCAGUUGCUAGUGUACCAAGUUAUUUGCAAACUGUUUCCUACAUCGGAUUCUGGAGCGUCUCAGAUAAUACCUUUAGAGAAAAGAUGUUUUGAGGAUUUGAAAGCAUACCUGGCAAAAAACUCUGAUUGUGUGCGCUUACGAGCAUCAAUGGAAGGAUAUCUUGAUGCCUAUAAUCCCAAAAGUUCUGUCACUCCAGCUGGAAUUUUCAUCAAUCGUGUUGAGGAACUUGAGUUUGAAUGCGUACCCAUAUCCCUUAUGGAGCGAGUGCUCACCUUUCUAAAUGACGCCAGGGAAGACCUUAGAUGUUCAAUGGCAAGGGAUGUGGUGACUAUAAAGAAUGAGAGCAUGAGAAUUGAUGGAGAUCCUGACUGCAUGGAGCCGUCAUGUAAUGCCAAAGAAGAAAAAUUGCUUAGCCAGCUGCCCAAAGAUGCUUGCUUGGAUUUUCAAAAGAAGGUUACUCUCUCUAAACAUGAGAAGAAAGACAACGAUGCUAGUUCCUUCUUCGGCAACAAAGAAUCUUACAAACAACUUGUUGCAGAAAUGGAGAAGGAUGAUCAGCUUCUAGAUCAGUUCUUUCAGUCUAGAAGUCUAGCUAUGGAAAGAAUAAGAGCUAGUCAGCAACCUCUUAUCCUAGUAGCAUCACUGCUUGAUCGUAUACCUAACCUUGCUGGAUUAGCACGGACAUGUGAGGUUUUUAAGGCAUCAGGAUUGGCCAUUGCGGAUGCAAACAUAUUACGUGAUAAACAGUUCCAACUCAUCAGUGUGACAGCAGAGAAGUGGGUUCCUAUCAUAGAAGUUCCCGUGAAUAGUGUGAAGGUAUUCCUAGAGAAAAAGAAACGAGAAGGGUUCUCUAUAUUGGGAUUAGAGCAAACUGCAAAUAGUAUACCUCUUGACCAGUAUGUCUUUCCCACAAAGACGGUCCUAGUCCUCGGACGUGAAAAGGAGGGUAUACCUGUGGAUAUAAUACAUAUCUUGGACGCUUGCAUUGAGAUCCCACAAUUGGGGGUUGUUAGAUCUCUCAAUGUUCAUGUCAGUGGUGCCAUUGCUGUCUGGGAGUAUACUCGGCAGCAACGAUCCCAAUAGAUCUUUUAUACACAUUAAUUUGUCUUUCAACAAUACUCAGGAAUCUUGAUCCAAUACCUCAGUUACAAAUGAUUUACAGGCCACAAACUUCGUUGUAUUUGUAUUACAUUCAUUUGUAAAUAUCCUAUAAUCAAACUAUCUCAUUCUUGGUCUA